UUAGUAUGUAUGGACUUCAUUCAAGCACUUGACGCGUGUCACGCCAAAUCAUGGGCGAAGUGGACCGGAGCCUGCAAUCAAGUCAAGGUAGACCUUAACAUGUGCCUGAGGAAAGAGCGCAUCGAGCGCACGACCAAAAACAGAGAGGGUGCCAAAGAGCGACGACAGAAAACCGAGCAGGCGUGGAAAGAAAUCCGUGAAGACGAAUGA